CCGGCCCGCUUGGAGUCCGAUGCUCAUCCGCGGCACUUGCGUGCACCCCAACCGUCGUCUUCCGCGGUGAGGCAGCUGAAACAAAAGAAAAGGAAAGACCAACAGAAAAAGGCUUUUGGCCGCCUGUGCCCUACAGCAAUCUUCCCGGGAGAUUAUCCCCGUUGCGGCAAAAGGGCGGACCCGGUGGGGCGCCCCGUUCACGACGCCAUCCUGCUGCGUGGCGGCCGCUUGCGUCUGCAUUGCGUCCUGUCGGCAGAGAGCCUCGCUGCGUGGUUGCGUGCGCAGGCCUCCUUGCCGGUUCCUCUGGCAGGCGGGAAACCCGCAGCCCCAACGCACUAG